AUGGAGCCUGGACCUGGUGAUGGAGCUGAACCCCUCAGCAAAAAUGCUAAGAGGGAAUUGGACAACACACAGAGGGAGGACAAGAGUAGGCGCAAGGAAGACGGAAAAGCCAGACAAGCUCUGAAGGCCAGCUCCCAAAGUCAGAAGACAAUGGCAGAAAACUAUGAGGUAGAGACUCCAAUGUUGCACAUGAUUCCCGGUGGAGCAGCUGCGCGUCCAUUUAUGACAGACCACAAUGAUCUGAACAUAAAGCAGUACAUGCGUAUCUCGCCUGAACUCCAUCUUAAGCAGCUUGUCGUUGGCGGCUUGGACCGUGUUUACGAGAUUGGAAAGCAAUUCAGAAACGAAGGUAUUGACUUGAUACACAAUCCAGAGUUCACCACUUGCGAGUUCUAUAUGGCUUACGCAGACUACCAUGACUUGAUGGAAAUGACCGAGGAUAUGUUGAGUGGUAUGGUCAAGGAACUAACAGGUGGUUACAAAGUCAAAUUCCAUGCUAAUGGGUAUAAUAAGGAGCCGAUCGAAAUCGACUUCACUCCUCCAUUCAGGAGGAUUGACAUGAUAGCAGAUUUAGAGAAGAUGGCCAACCUCAAUAUUCCAAAAUACUUGGCUAGCGAGGAAGCGAACAAGUAUCUGAUUGAUGCAUGCGCGAGGUUUGAUGUCGAAUGCGCACAUCCUAUGACAAGUGCACGUUUGCUGGAUAAACUUGUUGGACACUUUCUGGAAGGGACAUGUGUUAACCCCACUUUCAUAAUGAACCACCCCGAGAUUAUGAGUCCCUUGGCAAAAUCGCACAGAUCCAUCAAGGGCCUGACUGAAAGAUUUGAGUUGUUCAUCAACCAACACGAAAUUUGCAACGCCUACACUGAGUUGAAUGACCCUGUGGUACAGCGUCAGCGUUUUGCUGAUCAGCUCAAGGAUCGACAAUCUGGAGAUGAUGAAGCAAUGGCUAUGGAUGAGGCGUUUUGCACGGCUUUGGAAUAUGGGUUGCCUCCCACAGGUGGUUGGGGAUUGGGAAUAGACCGGCUUGCUAUGUUGCUUACCGACUCACAGAACAUCAAGGAGGUUAUUCUCUUCCCUGCAAUGAAACCUCAGGACGAGCCAGCUGCUGCAAGAGGUACAAUUUCUUUACUGAACAACUCUCCAGUAGCAGCUGAGAAUAACAAGUUUUGGGAAGUGCCAUUGUUCAGCUCUUUUGGCAAAACCAAAGAUAAUGGGGGUUUGCAUCUCUAG